AUGAUGUUACGAGAGAUCCAAGAUGCGCUGGGUGGGAAGUCACCAACUGUUCAUGAAGAAAAAAAUAAAAGGUUUUGGAAGUGUCCUCAACCAAACUGUCACGGCCUUGCUUGUCCCACUGACUUCAGGUGUACUAUGUGCAACAAAGUUAUUGAUUUAUCUGAUACCUCUCUGAAGUCUUCUGCUAAAACAGAACCUGUCAUACCAUCAUCCAAUGGCACACCAUCGGUGAAGAGAUCAAGGAUGGCCAACAACAGCCACCUUGUUCCUCUUAACAUAUUCAGUAUCGGAAGGUCAGGGAUUUUUGAUGGCCGUGCUGAAGAUUGUUGCAUCAGUUCAACUUCCAUUUCAUGCAAAGUUAAAGUAGAAGGCGUGUGGACUAGUGUCACCAUCCAAUACAAUAAUAUGGAAAUGCUUGUUUUCUGCGAAACCCUCCAAGUGAUUUUCGUCAAACCAUCUAUUUCUUUCAAGACACAGCUUUCUGAAUUGCUUAGAAUCAAGGAAUUCAUUUUGCCAAGCGUCAAAUGGUUAAUUUUGGUAUUGCGGGAACCAUCUGCUAGCGACUUGUUGUAUGUAACAGUAGAUGAUCUCGAAGGUUUAGCCAAUCGAGUUCGUGAAAAUGGAUCUUGUGACAUAAAUUGUAGUGCAGAAAAGGCUAGAGAAAUUCUUUCUAGUUGUGGCCUUCGUCUGCCACGUGCUGAAUCUAAAAGGACUAAUUCAACUUUUCGUGAGUCUCAGAUUUCUAACCAAGUCGAUCAAACUCAAACCAAGUCUGACAAGUAUCCCAUUUCAAAUUUGGAAUCUAGUUCAUCCCAAGUUGACAAACACACAAAUGAGGGAGGUCUGCUGACUGAUGUGAUAAAUACUCUUACUCAUUCCGGUAUCCAACUGACAAAUAACUCAAGUUCACUUCCUCAGGAAAGCGGAAAUACUAUCCAAGGAAAACUGACAAUAGGUGAAUGCAAUAAAGAAUGUGACGAUUUAAUCAUUCUCUGUGAAGAAAAUACUGGCGAAUGGAUUCAGAAUGCUAGGUCAUCUGCUUUGACUAACAGUGGCAAUCCUCAAACUGAAUCAUCUACGAAUCCUGAUGACGAUUCCUUGAAGUUCGACUACAAACCUCCUGGGUCUACUGACAGUAUAACAAUAACCAAUAAUGAUAUUGAGUGUCUUGCACCUGGAGCUCUUUUAAAUGAUGCUAUAAUUAACUUCUAUCUCAAAUAUUUGUAUUUCGAAAAGCUCACAAGUUUCCAAAAACAAGCCACUUAUUUGUUCAAUGUAUUUUUCUACAGUCGGCUGGCGAGUGGUGGUUAUAUAUCGAGUGAUGUACGUAGUUCUACAUUCUCAACUAAUUUACCAAAGACUUCAGAAACCACAGAUGAAACAAUUUUUGCUCAGCAUGCUAAUGUUGCGAAAUGGACACGUCGAGUCGAUCUUUUCAGUAAAGAUUAUAUUAUUAUUCCAAUUAACGAAUGUGCACAUUGGUUUCUUGGUCUUGUCUGCUAUCCAUGGAUGGCGGGAAUGGUCAGUUACACGGCUCUCUAUCGUGAAGAAGUCUAUCAUCUCUGCCAGUUGACAGAAAAAUUUACUAAUGUCGAUCGCAUCAACUUCUCAGGCGACGAUUUAAAUUCCCUAGAUAUUGGUGAAGAAGUUAUUCAAAGGUUGCCUACCGACACUCCAGGUGAAGCAUUUGAUCGGUGGCGGCGAAGACGUUUAGCCUGGCUUCGUCAACGUGGUGUUAACGCAAUGCCAUGUGUUUUACUAUUCGAUUCGCUUCCUUGUCAAAGCCGAGUUGGCAAUUUGCAUGUUAUUCGAAAUUAUUUACAAGCUGAAUGGAAUACUCGCAGAUCAGCCCAAGAUGGUGUUCUCCGCUUCGAUAAGGAUACAAUUCGAGGUUUUAGUCCUCGAGUGCCUGUUCAGAGUAACCUGGUUGAUUGUGGAAUCUACCUACUUCAUUACGUGGAAAUGUUUUUCAAGAAACCUGUUCAAAGUUAUACGAAGGAUUAUUUCCAACACGAAAUGGCUGGUUGGUUUCCAGAAGCUACUGUCAGCCAGAAGCGUGCCCAAAUCCGUGACCUUUUGGUUAACCUACGAGAGCGUACACUGAGGGAGAAGGCUAAAAAUUGAUUCCAAUACAAAUCACUGUAACACUAUUCCUCUUAAUAACUUACGAAAUUCAAUUCUUCAAAUGGAUAUAACCACCCCAUCUUCUUGUAUAUAAAUACACUCCCAUCGUUCCUCUUGCAUUUCGAUUGUCUUUUUCGACAGUGUGAUUGGUUCGGAGACUACUACUAAACUAUUAUUGACACUUUUUGUAUUACAAUUCUUUCAGUCGAAUAUUUGUCUUCGACUUAUUUUAAAACACUGGGCUAUCAUCAAAUGAAUCUUAAUACAUUUGUUAAAACUAACUGUGAACGCACUACUGUGUGAUUUUAUAGUUUUACUAUUUGUAAUACAUCACUGACACCAACCAUAACGGUCAUUGUAAAGUUUUUCUUUC